AUGGCUUCUGAAGCAGCAUCCCAAGUCACCAUUGGGGCUUUAAGUGCCAUCUUUGAUGAAACCAAGCCCCAAGUACGGGAGCCGAUUGUUCAAUGCGUUCAGAUCAAGGCAUUGCCAGCUCAGCCGAACCAACCAGAACGAUACCGUGCUGUUUUCAGUGAUAUUGCGAAUUAUGUUCAAACUAUGCUUGCUACUCAAGCCAACUCGGUGGUGACGGAUGGAUCUCUCCGGAAGGGUUCUUUCGUGCGACUCAAGUCAUUUCAAUCAAACUCAGUCAAGGGCAAGAAGAUCCUCAUCAUCUUGGACCUUGAAGUUCUAAAGGAACUGGGCGAGGCUGAAAAAAUUGGUGAACCCAGACCACUUGAAGUCAAAGCCGAGGAACAGGAAGUCAGCCAACCGACAACAAUAUCCAGCAAUGGGUUUUACGGCUCCAAGAUGGAGGGUGCACAGGUUCAGCAGAAUAACCGAGCCCAGGCAAUGUCUGCCCCUAUUUCUACUUCUUCUGCUCAUGCCACGAUCUACCCGAUUGAAGCCAUCUCCCCCUAUUCUAACAAAUGGACGAUAAAAGCGCGAUGCACGACCAAGUCUAGCAUUAAAACAUGGCACAACAAGAAUGGUGAGGGUAAACUGUUCAGUGUGAAUUUACUGGACGACAGUGGUGAAAUUCGUGCAACUGGUUUCAAUGAGCAGUGUGAUAUGCUCUAUGAACUCUUCCAGGAGGGAAGUGUUUAUUACAUUUCGAGUCCCUGUCGGGUUCAAAUUGCCAAGAAACAGUUCACAAAUCUCAAUAAUGAUUAUGAGCUCACAUUUGAGAGAGAUACCGUCGUCGAGAAGGCCGAAGAGCAGAAUGAUGUUCCUCAGAUCAGAUUCAACUUCACAACCGUUGCUGAUUUGCAGACGGUUGAAAAAGACACAACUACUGAUGUUAUUGGCGUGCUGAAGGACGUUGGGGAGACAUCCCAGAUUACAUCAAAAAGCACUGGCAAACCCUAUGACAAACGCGAGCUUACGCUGGUCGAUAACACAGGAUUUUCUGUCCGCUUGACAAUUUGGGGUGCAUCUGCCAAAAAUUUUAGUGUGGCGCCUGAGUCUGUUGUUGCCUUCAAGGGAGUCAAAGUCUCUGACUUCGGCGGAAGAAGUCUGAGUCUUCUAAGCUCAGGCUCAAUGACUGUUGACCCUGACAUCGGGGAGGCUCACCGACUCAGAGGUUGGUAUGAUGCUCAAGGCAGGUCAGAGAACUUUACAUCUCAUGCUUCAUUGUCAAAUGCGAUCAACUCCACAGGCAAAAGGGAUCCCUACAAAACUGUUGCGCAAGUUCGCGAAGAGCAGCUUGGCAUGUCUGAAACUCCUGAUUACUUCUCUCUGAAAGCAACUGUGAUCUACAUCAAGCAGGAUUCCACGUGGUGCUACCCUGCCUGCCUUUCUGAAAACUGCAACAAAAAGGUAACACAACUUGAUUCAGGACGGUGGCAGUGCGAAAUGUGCGACAAGACCCACCUGAAGCCAGAGUACCGUUUCAUUAUGCCUAUUAGCGUCAGCGACCAUACCGGGCAACUUUGGCUCAGCUGUUUUGACGACACCGGAAGAAGCAUUAUGGGUAUGUCUGCUGAUGAACUGAUGCAACUUUGUGAAGACGAUCCGGGUGCUUUUGGUGAAGUCUUCCAGGGAGCCAAUUGCCAGACCUGGAGCUUCAGGUGCCGAGCCAAGAUGGACAAUUUCGGCGACCAGCAGCGUGUGCGAUAUCAAGUCUCAUCCUCUCAGGCAAUCAAUUACUCGGAUGAAGCCUCUCGCCUUGCUGAUAUCAUUAACUCUUACAGCAUUGACCAUCUGGAGCCAACUGAGCAGCGACCGAAGAAAAAGUCCAAAUCCGAGAAGCCCGAAAAAGCUUCUAAAGAUAAGCAGAAAAAUGGAGAUGAGAAGACUGCAUCUUAUUCUGAUGCCUUUGCUCUAUCCGAGAUCCCUCAGUCAGAGAUUGACAGUUUCUUGACCGAGAACGUGAUUAAAAUCGUUGAUCCCUCCUCACCCGACGCCUCCCAAUUCCGCCCAAUCCUUUCGUUUGAUCACCUACCUGAAUGUGAUGCUGGUCUGUAUACUCAAUUGAAGUCUUUCCCUAAGCCAACGCCGAUUCAAUCCACUACCUGGCCGCUUCUUUUUGCUGGUCGUGAUGUGAUCGGCAUUGCAGAGACUGGAAGUGGCAAGACCCUGGGUUUUGGCUUGCCAUGUCUGAAGAAAUUGAUUGACUCCAAGUCAAGCAAGAAGCCUUGCCAACCCAAGGCAGUCAUUAUCUCACCAACACGAGAGCUUGCAAUGCAAAUUUAUGACCAGCUUGUUAAAUUCGGCGGCACCGAGAAGACUCAGGUGACAUGCAUUUACGGAGGUGUCGGUAAAGAUGAACAGCGUCGAGCCCUUCAAAGGGCCGCUAUUGUGGUUGCUACCCCUGGCCGUCUCAAGGAUCUCCAGAGUGAUGGUUCCAUUGAUCUUGGAAAGGUCCAAUAUCUCGUCUUAGAUGAGGCCGAUCGCAUGCUUGAUAAAGGAUUUGAGCAGGAUAUCAAGGAUAUUGUCAAGCCAAUGCCCGUCUCCAGGAGACAGACUGUCAUGUUUACGGCAACAUGGCCCCGGUCGGUUCGAGAUCUUGCAGCAACCUUUAUGAAGACCCCGGUGACUGUUACCAUUGGCGGAGACCCAUCUGCGGAUCCCCGAGCCAACUUAAGGAUCAAGCAAGUCGUCGAGGUUGUUGAUGGCCGAGACAAGGAGGGCCGACUCAUACAACUACUCGCUAAAUCCCAGCGUGGUCAUCAAUUGCCCGAGAAAGUCCUGGUAUUCUGCCUCUACAAGAAGGAGGCUAUGCGCAUUGAGAAUCUCAUCAGAAACAAGGGAUUCUUAGUCGCCGGCAUCCACGGUGAUUUGAACCAAUCAGAUAGAUUCCGUAAUCUUGAUGCUUUCAAGAAGGGCACUGCUACUGUUCUUGUCGCAACAGAUGUGGCAGCGCGUGGCCUGGAUAUCCCGAACGUGAAACUGGUGAUUAAUGUCACCUUCCCUCUUACCGUUGAGGACUACGUGCACCGGAUUGGAAGAACCGGACGUGCUGGAGCUGAUGGUAUUGCCAUUACCAUGUUUACUGAGACUGACAAAGGACUGUCCGGCGGAUUAAUCAAUGUUCUCAAGGCAGCUAAGCAAGAUGUGCCAGAGGCAUUGUUGAAGUUUGGCACAACAGUGAAGAAGAAGCAGCAUGAUGUGUACGGUGCCUUUUACAAGGACGUUGAUAUGGACAAAACAGCGACAAAGAUCACAUUCGAUGAUUAA